ACAGCGUGAACCGAUUUUCUUCUUUAUCAUGCGCUUAAAUUUAAAAGCUGUCCUCCUGCUACUCACCGUUGCCGUGGUGGUUAUAACCUGUGCCGUUUAUAUGCGUUGUGCUGAAUUUACUUUUCCCCAUGAUUUGGUCAAAAGAUGGGAUCGCAAAUUGUAUGCCGUUGGCGGCAAUAGUGACUUACUUAAUAAUAAUUUAGGCGAAGGUGGUGGAGGAGGAGGAGUGGGUGUGGAUGGUGAUGUUAGUGACUUAACACCCCUGCAAGAUAUAGAGUGCCUAAUUAAUCAAGAAUAUACAAUACGUUGUAAACGUGAUGAAGAAGAUCAUGAGAUCUAUGUACCAUUUUCAUUUAUACGUAAUUAUUUUGAUAUUUCGGGAUCGAUGAGUAAUCCCUCCUCACCACAAGCUAUAGAGGGUAAUAAUGAUGUACAAGUGCCAGCAGCCAAGUUCAUGUGGAUGCAUAGUACGGCAAAAAUAAAUUUACCCAAGGGUAAAUAUGAUCCCCGGGGAUUGUUUAUGUAUUUUGAAAAUUAUAAUGUAGAGGUACGUGAUCGUGUUAAAUGUAUAAGUGCGGCCGAUGGUGUACCCAUUAGUACACAAUGGGAAAAGCGCGGCUAUUUUUAUCCCACACAAAUAGCCCAGUUUGCUUUGUCACACUAUAGCAAGAAUCUUACAGAACCAGAGCCUAGAAUAAGAAUUCUUGAAAAUGCCGAUAAUAUGCUAAAUACUUGGUCUAUACCAAAAGGCAGUAAUCUUACACGCAAAUGGCAUCCGAAAUUCAACUCAUCUGUUAUACAAUAUGAAACUGCCAUAGAUUUUGAUAGCGCUAUAACACUUAAUAAUAUAGAUCAAACUUUGGACUUAGUUUUAAAUAUAGAUUUAUUGCUUAUUACCAAUAGCAGCAGUCUAAUGGUGACGGUAGAAAAUCACGAAACAAAACGUACUUAUCGUGUUCACUAUAUACCAGCCGAUCUGCUGUUAAGUGUACAAGAUGAGAAUAUUUACUAUGGCCUCAGUGUACAGGCCCUUAAUAAAUGGCGCCAUUUAACGCGCGAUCUUCAUAUCGAUGUUCAAAAGGGCCUGGCAAUGGAGAGUCCCAAAAAGUCUGGCAUUAAAAUUAAACGUUCAGAAUUACGUAUUGUGUCGAUAUCUUUAAUGGGUAUUGGUUUCUUUGACAAUAUUACUUUGUCGACGUAUAAUCAUUUGGCACAUUUCUACGAUGCUGCCGAAUGGUUUGUUAAUAAUCAAGAUCUACGUACUGGUGGCUGGCCCAAUCCAGUGAGACGUAGUUUAAAUGGAUUUGCUGAAUUGAGAUCCGGUUGGUUGUCUGCCAUGGGUCAGGGUCAUGCUAUAUCAGUAUUGGCGAGAGCCUAUUGGCAUUCGGGCGGUGAUAAAAGGUACUUAAAAGCGGCGUCAUUAGGUUUGAAGCCUUAUCGGGUAUUAUCGAAAGAUGGUGGUGUGCUGGCACAGUUUAUGGAUAAAUAUUAUUGGUAUGAAGAAUAUCCUACAACUCCAGCUUCGUUUGUUUUAAAUGGCUUCAUUUACUCCCUAUUGGGUUUAUAUGAUCUUAAUUCUACGGCUCCCUCAAAUAUUGCCAAUGAAGCUGGUAAACUUUUCAAUCAGGGCAUGAUAUCCCUUAAGAAAAUGUUACUUCUAUACGAUACUGGCUCUGGUACUAGUUACGAUUUGCGACAUUUAAGUUUAGGCGUUGCGCCAAAUUUAGCACGUUGGGAUUAUCAUGCUACGCAUGUUAAUCAAUUGCUACUCUUGGCCACAAUCGAUUCGGAUCCAAUUAUAUCACAGACUGCCGAACGUUGGAAGGGUUAUAUGUUUGGUAAACGAGCUAAACACAAUUGAGUAUGUCUGAGACCGGGGAGCAAUACUGUACGCCGUUGCCAUAAAUAUAAGCGCACAAAAGAAACUCCCUUGGUUUCGCGAUAAAAACUACUGUGACAGCUACUACCACACUGGUUUACUAAAACUACUAGUACUCCUCUUCCUUUAAAAGAAAAGAAAAAAACAAAACAAAACAAACAUUGAAAUGAAAAUGUUAGAAAAAUAAGUGAUAUUUGCACAUUUGAACUUAAGUAUUGUUAUUUAUUUUUGUACUUUGAAAACAAAUCGAAACAGAAAAAAAUUUAACUUUCCUAAAGUGAAUUUUUUUUUUAAUUUAAUUUUUUAUUUUAGAAUUUAUGAUGAAAUCUAUGUUCUUGUCUUUUUAUAUAAAUAAGUAUAAUACCAAGAAUACUGUUAUAAACAGUAUUUAAAAAAAAUCUUUAUUAGUAUUAAUUAACAUUUUUUUGUUUGUAUUUUUUUUUUUUAU